AUGAAACUUAUCACUGUGAAUGAGCAGAACUUUGUCGCACAGAUUGGUGGAAAGUGUAGUGACACUACAGAGCCUCUUACCAAAGAACAUUUGAAACAACAGUAUCCAACAUUAUUUGAUGGACUUGGAAAACUUGAAGGAGUGUUACACCUCAGGAUUGACACUACUGUGCAGCCAACAAAGAUACCUACCAGGAAAGUGCCACUAUCGCUCAAGUCGGAUCUAAAGAAAGAACUUGAUCGGCUACCGAAUCUAGGAGUUAUCUCUCCAGUAACGACUCCAACUGACUGGAUAUCAUCCAUGGUUGUAGCGAGGAAGUCAAAUGGGGCAAUUAGACUUUGUAUUGAUCCGAAACCCCUAAAUGUAGCACUUCAGAGGAAUCAUUACCCCACUCCAACAAUAGAAGACAUCCUACCAGAUUUGACAAAGUCCAGGAUUUUCUCAGUGGUGGACGCGAAGGACGGAUUUUGGCAUGUCCUGCUCGACAAAACCAGUAGUUUCCUAACAACAUUUGGAACACCCUGGGGACGUUACCGUUGGUUGAGGAUGCCUUUUGGCAUAGCACCAGCACCUGAAGAAUUUCAGAGGAGGAUGGAUGAAGUACUUGAGGGUUUGAAUGGAACCAAAGCAAUUCACGAUGAUAUACUUGUCUACGGUUGUGGAGACACAGAUGAAGAAGCGAUUAGAGACCAUAAUCGAAAGCUAAUUGAGUUGAUGGACCGAUGUAAGCAGAAGAACAUUAAACUGAACCUUGACAAACUGAAAUUAGGACUUACAUCAGUGUCUUACCUUGGACAUGUUAUUUCAAAGCAGGGACUGAGUGCUGAUCCAAGUAAAGUACAAGCAAUUAGAGAGAUGCCUACUCCUACAGACAGACAAGCAGUACAGCGUUUGUUAGGAAUGGUCAAUUUUGUGCAGAGAUUUGUACCCAAUCUUUCAGAAGUUACUUCUACGCUUCGGGACUUGUUGAAAAGUGACACUUAUUUUCAUUGGGAUGAGCAAGUCCAUGGAAAUGCCUUCAGCACUAUUAAGAAGAUUUUGUCAGAAGCACCGGUGUUGAGUUUCUUUGAUCCAAAUAAAGAGACGAUACUACAGUGUGAUGCAUCGCAAAAUGGAUUAGGGGUUUGUUUGAUGCAGGAUGGACAUCCGGUUGUGUAUGCUUCGAGAGCAUUGACCCAGACAGAGUGCAAUUAUGCGCAAAUUGAGAAAGAAUUGCUGGCCGUAGUUUUUGGACUCGAGCGUUUUGAGAAUUACACGUAUGGUCGUCACGUCAAGAUAGAGUCAGAUCAUAAGCCGCUUGAAAUCAUCCAAAGGAAGAGUCUUGUGAUGGCACCUAGGAGACUUCAGAGGAUGCUAUUGCAACUCCAGAAGUUUGAUUACGAGAUAGUCUAUAGGAAAGGUGCAGAGAUGUACGUAGCAGAUACGCUAAGCAGAGCUUAUCUACCAGCAUCAGAAGAAGACAUGGAGAGAGCAAGCAUAUUCGAUAUUGAUCAGAGGAGCUACAUAUCAAUAUCCGACGCAAAGAUCAUGAAAAUAAAAGAAGCGUCUGAGGAGGAUGAAACAAUGAAGUUGUUGAAACAUGUCAUCAAGUCGGGAUGGCCAGACUGCAAGGAUGAACUUCCAGAUAAAGUUCAGUGUUACUUCCCAUUCAGAGAUGAACUUGUCAUCCAGGACGGCCUAGUAUUCAAAGGGGAGAGAGUUGUGAUUCCUGAUAGAGUUCGCAGAGACAUUAUUGAGAGGGUUCACGAAACACAUAUUGGAAUACAAGGAUGCCUAAGAAGGGCACGAGAGACAGUGUAUUGGCCCAAUAUGAACAAUGACAUUGAGAAUUAUAUACAGUGUUGUGAAAUUUGUAGUUCAUGUCAGCCUGACCAGCCAAAGGAAUCAAUGAUUUCACAUGAUAUCCCAAAGAGAGCCUGGGAAAAAGUUGGUUGUGACUUAUUUGAGUUUGACGGAAAUGACUACCUUAUAUGUGCAGACUAUUUCUCAGAUUUCUUCGAAAUAGACAGAUUACAUGGAAAGACUGGCAAGGAAGUCAUUACAAAGAUGAAAGCUCAGAUAGCGCGUCAUGGCAUUCCGGAUGUUAUUAUAUCUGAUAAUGGGCCACCAUUCAACAGUAGAGAAUUUCAGGAUUUUGCUGAAAAGUACGAGUUCGAGCACAGGACUUCAUCUCCUCGUUACCCUCAGUCAAAUGGGAAAGCAGAAAACGCAGUCAAGAUUGCUAAGGCCCUAAUGCACAAAUGUGUCCUUGACCAGAAAGAUCCUUUCUUAGCACUUUUGGACUGGAGAAAUACACCAAGUGAGACCAUUGGAUUUUCAGCUGCAGAAAGACUGUUUGGCAGGAGAACCAGGACUAGACUCACACUUUCCUCAAAGCAGUUGAAAACUCAUAAUUCCAGUGGGAUCUCCAGGAAGCUGUACAAGAGGAAAGGAAAAGAAGCUAGCUACUAUAACCGCGGCACAAAGGAAAUGCAGAAAUUACAUGCGGGAGACACUGUACGAAUUCGUCCAUUCGGGAGAGAGAAGUCGUGGACAAAAGCACAAGUAAGAGAUCAAGUGGAUAUUCGCUCCUAUGAAGUUCGUACAGAAGAUGGACGCGUAUAUAGGAGAAAUCGAAAACAUCUACGACUUAGCAGGGAACCGUUUUCUAAGGAAGACUUACCCAGAAACACCAGUUUGUUCCCUGAUGUAAAUAAAGACAAUUUGGAGACUAGUGUUUCUACUAACAGAGACAUGGACAGAGUGGAAACCCCAGUUCAGAGUACAUUACAAGCACAGAACACACCGAUAGUUGACAAGGGUAUCACACCAGCCAAAACAUGUCCUUUACCAAAUCCAACAUCUGAAGUAUCGGGCAAACGUCAUACAAGGAGUGGCCGCGAAAUCAAACCUCCACAGAAGUAUCAGGAUUUCGUGUGUAAUGUUGAGUGUUUUGUGUAG